CAGUGCGCGACACGGCGUGCGGGACUGUGAAGGACGCCGACGGGAAGCUUGUGAUGAAAUAAGUCAAAUAUAAAGCUCUGUCAGGAGGAAGCUGUUAUGAUGGCGGUGUCGUGUCUAACUCGAGCCCUACGCUCCCUGACUCUUUCCCAGCCUGCCCUGCUCUCCUCUCAGGCGGUUGUUCAGGCCAAGCUGGGAGCUCAGGUGCCCAGUGCAGUGGGACAGUGGAGAGGCUUCCUCACCACAGCCUCUCUGGAGCAGAACAAGAGAUACUGGAAGCAGAGGGAGAAGUACACCAUCAGGGCUAUAGGGAUGAGGAAGACAGGAGGCAGAGAUCACACAGGAAAGAUACGGACACACGGUAUUGGUGGCGGCCACAAACAGAAAUACCGGUGGGUAGACUUUCAGCGGCUGCGCUACGAAGAAAACAAAGAGUCCCAGCCAUUUGAUGAGAAGGUGGUUGAAGUGCGGUACGACCCAUGCAGGUCUGCUGACAUCGCUCUGGUAGCUGGAGGCAACCGGAAAAGAUGGAUCAUUGCUACAGAGAACAUGCAGACCGGAGACGUCAUUAAAACAUCUGCAGUUAUUGGACGCAUGGCAGUCUCAGCCAAUGAGGGUGACGCCUACCCGCUGGGAGCACUUCCUGUGGGGACACUGGUGAACAACCUGGAGACACAACCAGGGAAGGGAGCCCAGUACAUUCGUGCUGCAGGCACAAGUGGCAUUUUGCUCCGUAAAGUCAACGGAACAGCAAUUGUCCAGCUUCCAUCGAAGCAGCAGGUUCAGGUAUUGGAGACCUGCAUGGUAACAGUUGGACGCGUGUCCAACAUCGACCACAAUAAACGCAUCAUUGGCAAAGCUGGUCGCAACCGCUGGCUUGGCAGGCGCCCUUCGAGCGGCUUGUGGCAGAGAAAGGGAGGCUGGGCAGGACGCAAGAUCAAACCGCUGCCUCCAAUGAAGGUGUACGUCAACCUGCCCUCAGUCUCGUCUUGAUAACACAUGGGACAUGUUCAGGACUGGAGAAUAUUGUAAUGUUAUUGUGGUUGGAGCUAUAAUAUGAAUAAAGACAAACUGUUUGUACAGAAGAUUAAAAAUUUUAUUAAACACAA